AUGUUCCUCUCGUUCUUCAGGCUCAUCAGCCUCGCACUCCUCGUGACCGUCCACGUCUGGGCGGCGGAGAACCAGCUCCAGCGGGUGAACAACUUCGGCACCAACCCGACGAAUGUGGAGAUGUGGGUGUACAGGCCCAACAACCUCGCUGCAAAUCCAGGCUUGAUCGUCGCGCUGCACUACUGCACGGGCACCGCACAGGCGUACUUCACAGGCACGCGCUACGCCGACCUCUCUGACCAGUACAAGAACUUCCUUGUCAUCUACCCUGACGCGCCUGACGGCGGAGGAUGCUGGGACGUACACACGACGGCGACGCUCACACACAAUGCUGGAGGCGACUCGCUUGGUAUCGCGUCCAUGGUUCGCUAUGCCAUCGCCAACUAUGGCGUCGACCCCACGCGCGUUUUCGCCACAGGCACUUCGUCUGGCGGAAUGAUGACCCAGGUGUUGGCGGGUGCCUAUCCCGAUCUCUUCACAGCUGCCUCGGCCUGGUGUGGUGUCCCGUACGGCUGCUUCGCUGGCGCAGGAAUGUGGAACAGCCAGUGCGCUCAGGGUCAAUUGAUAAAGACCGCUCAGGCAUGGGGCGACCAAGUCAGGAGCGGAUACCCUGGUUACACUGGCCCUCGACCCAAGGUGCAAAUCUGGCACGGAACCAACGACGAAACCCUCAACUACAACAACCACAACGAGGCUAUCAAGCAAUGGACGAACGUCUUCGGGUACAGCACACCCGCACAGACCACCCAGAGCAACAGCCCGCUCAACGGCUGGACGCGCUCGACCUUCGGACCCAACUUCCAGGCCAUCAGUGCUCAGGGUGUCCCACACAACAUACCCGUUCAGCCCAACGAUGUUCUCUCAUGGUUCGGCCUUCUUCCUGGGCAAAGCACGACGCAACCCCCAGUCACCACCGCGCCCCCCGUGACGAUUGUUCCUCCGGUUACGACGGUUCCUCCUCCUAUUCCAUCAACCACGACGACCGCAACCGGCCCACUUCAGACCCAGUGGAGUCAAUGUGGAGGCACCGGCUACACCGGACCAACAGUCUGCCAAAGCCCCUUCACCUGCAAUUUCCUCAAUAAUUGGUACUCUCAGUGCCAAUAA